UUUUCCUCGGCGCUGCCUACGGAGGUGGCAGCCAUCUCCUCCUCGCUGGCGAUUGGAAGACAGUCUGCCACAGUGUUCAGUCCUUGGGCGGGAAAGCCUCCUUCCAAGCCUCCUUUCAGGAUUCUUCCUCACCAGGGGCUGCUCCUUUCCCAAAAGGCAUCAUGGCCGCCCUCAGACCCCUUGUGAAGCCCAAGAUCGUCAAAAAAAGAACCAAGAAGUUUAUCCGGCACCAGUCAGACCGAUAUGUCAAAAUUAAGCGGAACUGGCGGAAACCCAGAGGCAUUGACAACAGGGUUCGUAGAAGAUUCAAGGGCCAGAUCUUGAUGCCCAACAUUGGUUAUGGGAGCAACAAAAAAACAAAGCACAUGCUGCCUAGUGGAUUCCGGAAGUUCCUGGUCCACAACGUCAAGGAGCUGGAAGUGCUGCUGAUGUGCAACAAAUCUUACUGUGCCGAGAUUGCUCACAAUGUUUCCUCCAAGAACCGCAAAGCCAUCGUGGAAAGAGCCGCCCAGCUGGCCAUCAGAGUCACCAACCCCAAUGCCAGGCUGCGCAGUGAAGAAAAUGAGUAGACAGCUGGUGUGCACGUUUUCUGUUUAAAUAAAUGUAAAAACUGCCAUCUCGCA